ACCGCUCCCGCGCCCGCGCCUCUACGCGUGGACGGACCCCGCCGCGCCCCCGGCGCCGCGCCCCGCACCGCGGCUCACCGCGCGUCCCCUUCUCUCUCCGCAGCCCUGACAGUGUCUCCCACGCCGCGACAGCUUUCAAACCUACUUUGGGGUCUUAAAACGAAACCGUACACCAUUUCACUGUGGACAUUACACCCUCUUACAGAUAUGGGAGACAUGGGAGACCCACCAAAAAAAAAACGUCUGAUUUCCUUAUGUGUUGGUUGCGGCAAUCAAAUUCACGAUCAGUAUAUUCUGAGGGUUUCUCCGGAUUUGGAAUGGCAUGCGGCGUGUUUGAAGUGUGCAGAGUGUAAUCAGUAUUUGGACGAGACCUGUACGUGCUUUGUUAGGGAUGGCAAAACCUACUGUAAAAGAGAUUAUAUCAGGUUAUACGGCAUCAAGUGCGCCAAAUGCAGCAUCGGCUUCAGCAAGAAUGACUUCGUGAUGCGCGCCCGCGCCAAGGUGUACCACAUCGAGUGUUUUCGCUGCGUGGCCUGCAGCCGCCAGCUCAUCCCCGGCGAUGAAUUCGCACUGCGGGAGGACGGCCUCUUCUGCCGGGCGGACCACGACGUGGUGGAGAGGGCCAGCCUGGGCGGCGGGGACCCUCUCAGCCCCCUGCAUCCCGCUCGGCCGCUGCAGAUGGCAGCAGAACCUAUCUCUGCCAGACAGCCGGCUCUGCGGCCCCACGUCCACAAGCAGCCCGAGAAGACAACCCGAGUCCGAACUGUCCUUAAUGAAAAACAGCUUCACACCUUGAGGACCUGCUACGCCGCCAACCCCAGACCUGACGCCCUCAUGAAAGAGCAACUGGUAGAAAUGACUGGCCUCAGCCCAAGGGUCAUCAGGGUUUGGUUUCAAAACAAGCGAUGCAAGGACAAAAAAAGGAGCAUUAUGAUGAAGCAACUUCAGCAGCAGCAACCCAAUGACAAAACUAAUAUCCAAGGGAUGACAGGAACUCCAAUGGUGGCUGCUAGUCCGGAGAGACAUGACGGCGGUUUGCAGGCGAACCCCGUGGAGGUGCAGAGUUACCAGCCGCCCUGGAAAGUACUGAGUGACUUCGCAUUGCAGAGUGACAUAGACCAACCUGCUUUUCAGCAACUAUGAUGGAAGACAAAGGUUUGUAGUUGAAUCCAGCACUGUGUUCAGACUUUUUCGGUUUAGUAUCAUGCACUCCUGCAGAAUCCCUUUUCUUUUGCCCAACAGCAGUCUGCAAUGUAUUCCCCUCACUGGCACACUAUGCUUGCUCAGGAAACUGUAGCUCAGCAGCAGGGCUAUUUGCAUCCUCUUACAUCUAAAGCAACCACUGCUUUUCCUGCUUUAAUCAAGCUGUCCAUCGGACGAGAGAAAAAAUUAUCUCCUCUGGUUGCUUUACUUACUGUGCCUUAACAAAAUAUGAGACUUUAAAAAUCUUUGAUGUAGUGAGGUUUUGUAUUAAAUAGUUCAAAAAAGGAAAAAAAAAGGCAGGAUGGAAGACGGAUAGCCCAAAUACACAUACAUAUACAAGUUAAUAGACCAUUAGGUUGACGAGUUAGUAUUGAUAUACAUUCAACAUAAUAUGUGAUACCGAAAAGAGCUAAAUUAAAGAAUAGUGGAAGGAACAGACUAUUCAUUGGCCAUUCAAGACACAGGUCUAAUCUGGAAAGGGCCUUAAUCACAGAAUUGGCCAGCUAAAUAGGUGCCAAAUAAAUGCUUCUGGAUUAACAAAGCUCCACCCUUCAAGUCAUGCCUUUUCCCAGCACUACUCCUAAACUAACGGGAGCAGCGGGGCACAUUAAGAUGGAAUAGUGUGACCUUUUUUAUCAAAAAGACUCUCAUUAAGAAGAGAUAGCACCAGCCUCGAAUCAGGAAUGAAAGCGGAUGGCUGGUUUCAAAUGCCUUCUGCUCCUGGAUGCUCCUUCCAGGUUUAUUUUGGUAUGUGCACAAAAGGGGAAAAAAGUAAUCUUUCAGUUUCAUAUCAAGAAAACACAUGCACUCCUACAUAAUUUACUAGAACAUCCUCUCGGGAUUGCCACUCUUGCAAGACAGGGAAG